UAAAUACAUAAUACUCUGGAAAGUACAUCGACAUGCUACCCUCUGUCAUCACCAGUAGGGCUUCAAUACCCAAAGUCGGUGCCAAUUUAAAAACACCGGCCCCGCCCCCACAACCUACAGAAGAGCAGAUCAUGAAAGGCGGUCAUGCGCUACGGAAGUUGAAGAGCUACUGCGAAGAAUUGUACAAUAUCAAUGACGAUUAUCGAGAAGAACUUUCCAACGCAAACGUCCUCAUCCAGAAACUCAUCUCACAAAAAAAUAAUCUGGAGGGCGAGCUGCAGGAAAAAAAUGACCGAAUCGCGUUUCUUCGACAACGAGAACAGAAGGGCUUUCACGUCACUCGAACGCAGGAGGAAACAGAACGACUGUUACACGAAGAGAUACGGAAACGACUUAAAGCGGAGGACGAGUGUUCAGAGCUCACUGCCAAAAUCGAGCAAAUGAAGGCAGAUCAUGAAACAUAUAGGCGCGGAAUAGAAGCAGAAGCGCUUCAAAAAGAUACACAGAAAAUUGUAAUAGAAGAACAGAAGAAGAAAAUUGCAGAAUUAGAGCUUUUCAUCAAAAACCUUGAGUUUGACUUGGACGAGCAGCGAGUGCUAACCAUCAAGUUUCAACGAACGACUGGGGAGCUGGAGAUGGCAAUAGCGGAUCUCAAUCGUAAACAUGAUGACUUGACUAUCUCCGAGUCUACAUUCCGGGAUGAAAACUCGCAGCUGCAAAAGCGCGUAAGGGAUCUCAUGGAUGCCAAUAAAGAAGUAACGGCAAAUUAUCAAGCAGUCAAAAAGAAUCAAGACCUCAAACGUAGCGAGUUUGAAGCUCUUGCUACCGAACUAGAGGAAGCCAAAAAUGCAUGCCAAAUGGCAAUUCGACAAAAAAAGCAGCUUCAAAAUGAACUUAAUCAGCUUGUUAAGCAACGAAAUGAGCUUACAGAAAGAAAUAAAGCCAUGGAAAACCUACUGAGUCGGAAAGAAAAGGAUAUUUCGGAUCUGCUAACGAAAGUUAACGAUACAAUCAACGAUUACGAGCAAAAAUUGGAAAAGAAAGAGGAGCAAAUGUGGGCUAUGAGCUUGCAGAUGACAGAGGCUGUUGGGAGGACCCAGGCUCCCGAACCGCCAAAGGACCAGAAAGGACGUACCCGCGUGGACAUUGACCCAGAUUUCAUCGACAACAUUGAAAAGAAAUGGCAGAGCAGAGAGCGGAGUUUACAGGCGGAAGUUGACCGACUGGGUGAGAGCAUGGCGGUGAAGGAAAAGCAAAUUGAGAAAUUGAAUGCCACAAUUACGGAACUCAACAAAAAGCAGUUCCAGCCAAGAAUGGAGCGAUUGAGAGCUAUUGAGAAAGACAUCAAGAACAGAAUGGAGGAGUACGCUCUAGCAGAAGAGCGAAUGGAGACCGGGUUCCUCUGCCCGCGAGAUGUACAGCUAUUCAAGCAUCCAAUGACCUUGAUACCAUGCGGGCACACCUAUUGUAAACCCUGUAUCGAGUCCAUCAAAGAAGAAAAUUAUAAUGUACUUGCAUGUCAAGUUUGCUCCACCCCCGUUGAACAUGUCUUCCGAAACGAACAGUUGGAGUCAGUCGAGGAGCAGUUUCAAAGGAGAAAAAACCUGACAAUCUCGUUUUUGGAAUGGAUCAAGUUAUUGAAGGUAUACUUACCAUCUGAUACUGAUAAUCGGCCCUUAUCGCAGUAAACAGCUUCAUGUGUAUAAAAUUACUUGUUUAAAGUAGUACAUUAAUACAUCUCAUACAUUAGCAUA